GCCAGCGUUUGGAUAACUCGCUGUUUAUUUCUGUCUUUUUUUAGGGUUCUGCUUUUUCUAAGCUGACUUGAUGCUGCUUUGGGGAGUUAGGUUUCUUUCUUUAUUAUUAUAAUUAUUAUUAUUUUUUGGCCAGCACAGACCAUUCCUCUGGGCUUUAAACAUCCAGCUGGGGGAGACUUGGCUUAUUGUUAUGAAAAUCUUGAAUUGUAAGGAAAGUGAAGCACUAGAAUAGGCUGGAGGGGAGCAGGGGGGGGAUGUGGCAUCUCCCCUCCAAAGCAUUUUGGGCACCGUGCAGUCGAGCGCCGGGCAGACGGGCUCGGGUUUAAGUCUCCUCGGGUGAGGUGAGGUCUUUCCAGCUCUAUUUUCUGCGACUUGCCGGUAUAACGCAGACUUAUCGCCCUGUUUGCCGUUCCCUUGUGCAGGCUCCUCAUUGAACACGUAUGUUAACCCUUGAGUUGCUGCUGAACUGUCAGGCUGGGUAGCAUAGAAAAAAGCAUCGGAGCUCAGCCCUGUACAGGGCAGAGCACAGCAGCUAUACCUUUAAGAAAUUUGCAAUAUAUACCUCUUGGCAGCAGGUUUUUUUGUGUUGUUUAUGGUGGGGUUCUUUCCCCCCCUUUUUUCUUCCUGCGUCUUCACAUCCUCUUGUUCUCCCUGUACUUCUGUCUGUAAGGUACAGCAUCUUCACUUGAGUUGAGCCUGGCUGCCACAAAGCUGCUUUUCUUCUAUUUUUUUCUUUUUUAAGGAGGCAUGAGCUUCAUCUAUACAGCAUCCAGCACAAACCACCAGCUCCGAAGCACAGGGUUGCUUUAAUUCUAUAUAUUCUUUCCCCUCCUUGGUACAAGAAGCAAACAGCUCUGAGAUGGGGCUGGGGGUGGCAAGAGGAGACAACCCCAAGCCCACCCUUGGCAUGUGGAGCGAUGCUUGGCAGGCGUGAAGUUCCAGGUUGGGAGAGCUGGGUUCGAGGUGUCUGUUUUGGGAGCUAAUGAGUCGCCCUCUCACUCCACCCAUUUGCCUCUCGCCAAUCGGAAGUGAGGGAGAAAGAUGCUCUGGAUGGAUUAAUAUUGGAGCCGUGUAGAAAGCACCAAGUGUUGCCUCUUCGGCCACCUGAGCGAGUGGCAUUUGGGAACAAGUGCUGGUGGCUCGGAGGGAGCGGGGGCUGUUUGAACAGCGUCUCUAUUGAAGUAGCAGCGCAGAGUCUCCACCAGCAGCGAUGUCAAGGAAUGGAUACUUCUUUGAAGAGAGUGGGUAUCUCAAGUGCGACACGGAUGAUGGCUGCAGGGCCAGGGAGGAGUCAGGGGGCGAGGAGCUCUUCGACACGGUGAACUCCUCCAUCGUCUCGGGGGACAGCAUCCGCUUCUUCAUCAAUGUCAAUGUGGAGGGGACGCCGAAUGCCACUGCUGAAAGUGAGAGCGCUGGCUGCGUGUUACUGCACACAUCGAGGAAGUACCUGAAAUUAAAGAAUUUUGAGGAGGAAGUCAGAGCCCACCGAGAUUUGGAUGGGUUCUUGGCCAGAGCCAGCAUCAUCCUUGAUGAAACAGCCACCUCCUUGGACGAUGUUCUUCGGGAGAUGCUGAAACACUUCGCCGAAGAUCCUGAGAACAUGGAGCCGAGCUGCAACUUUGAAAAAAUCAUGAGCACUUUAUUCACGGAUUCAGGGACCCCACGAGAAGGGAAUGGCACCCCCGAAGUUUCAGAGUCAACAAGAAAGAAUAUACAAACAUGUACAUCGCACCUCAAAUUUCACCUCUUAUCGGACACAAUUCAAGGGGUCACAGCGACAGUCACAGGGGUGCAGUAUCAGCAGUCCUGGCUCUGUAUCAUUUGCACUAUAAGGUCCCUUCAGCGACGUCACGUUUGCAUCAGCCGCCUGGAGAGGCCUCAGAAUUGGGGUGAAAACUCCUGCGAAGUGAGAUUUGUGAUAUUAGUCUUGGCUCCUCCUAAAAUGAAAAGUACCAAAACAGCCACAGAAGUGGGAAGGACCUUUGCCACAAUGUUUUCGGAUAUAACCUUUCGGCAGAAGCUCCUAGAAACCAAAACCGAGGAGGAGUUCAAGGAAGCCUUAGUCCACCAACGCCACUUGUUGACGGUGGUGAAUCAGAGACCCUCAGCAAUGAGCGAUGGGCACAAGUCGCACAGUCCUAAACCACUCAAGUUGCAUGAGUUUCUCAAUGUUGGCAAGGGGAUUUCUGAUGACAUUGCACGAAGACUUCCAGUGUACGCUUUGGACUUCACUGACGGUAUUAUUGGAAACAACAAAGCUAUAGGGAAGUACAUCACGACUAUGAUCUUUCUGUAUUUUGCCUGUCUCCUUCCAUCCAUUGCAUUUGGGUCACUCAAUGAUGAAAAUACCCGAGGAGUUAUUGAUGUGAAGAAGACAAUCAUCGGGCAGAGCAUUGGAGGGCUGCUGUACGCACUCUUCUCAGGGCAGCCUCUAGUUGUACUCCUUACCACAGCUCCUUUAGCGCUCUACAUUAAUGUCAUCCGAGGUAUCUGUGAUGACUACAACUUGGAUUUCAAUGCUUUCUACGCCUGGACUGGCCUGUGGAACAGCUUUUUCCUUGUGAUGUACUCCCUCUUUAAUUUCAGUCUUCUGAUGAAGCUCUUUAAAAGGUCGACAGAAGAAAUAAUUGCACUUUUUAUAUCCAUCACCUUUGUGCUUGAUGCUAUCAAAGGCAUUAUUAAAGUUUUUAAGAAAUAUUACUGCCAUGGGCGCACAGGAGACAGUUACUUGGAAAAAGCACGAACUGAUGCUAUUCCAAGCCUCGGCAUCAAUACCACCUUCUUGAUGAAUUCAUCAGUGAGCAGAUCCAUAUCCCUAGAGAAUCAAACAGGCACGCAUGAUGUGCAUUAUGGACGUGAAACUGCCGUCCUUAGUCUCAUGUUGAUGUUGGGUACCCUUUGGCUUGGCCAUACGCUCUAUCAGUUUAAGAAAAGCCCAUAUUUGCAUGCAAGAGUACGUGAAAUUCUGUCUGACUGUGCCUUACCGAUUUCAGUUCUGACUUUCUCUGUUGUGGGUUCCUAUAUCUUCAAGGAAAUCGAAAUGUCGAAAUUUAACUACAACACAUCUGAGAGCUUGUUCAUGCUGGCCCCAGUCCAGUCCCUGUCCAUCGGGUCGGUGAUGAGCGCCAUGGGGCUGGGGUUCCUUCUGUCCAUGCUCUUCUUCAUAGAGCAGAACAUCGUGGCAUCGCUCACAAAUGCACCGGAGAACAGGUUGGUGAAGGGAACAGCUUAUCACUGGGACCUCCUGCUCGUUGCGCUGAUCAACACAGGGCUGUCACUCUUCGGCCUCCCGUGGAUCCACGCUGCCUUCCCUCACUCCCCAAUGCAUGUCCGCGCCCUGGCCUAUGUGGAGGAGAGGGUAGAAAAUGGGCAUAUCUACGAGACGAUUGUGAGUGUGAAGGAGACGCGGCUGACGAGUCUCGUGGCAAAUUUCUUGGUUGGCCUCUCGCUCCUGCUCCUGCCGUUACCUCUCCAGUGGAUCCCAAAGCCCGUUCUCUACGGCCUCUUCCUCUACAUCGCGUUGACCUCCAUAGAUGGGAACCAGCUCUUUGAGAGGGUGGCUCUCCUGCUCAAAGAACAGACUGCCUAUCCUCCGACACAUUACAUCCGCAGAGUGCCCCAGAGGAAGAUCCACUAUUUCACAGGCCUGCAGGUCCUGCAGCUCCUCAUCCUCUGUGGUUUCGGCAUGUCACCGUUGCCCUACAUGAAGAUGAUCUUCCCGCUCAUCAUGAUAGGAAUGAUUCCCAUCAGGUAUAACCUGCUCCCUAGGAUCAUCGAGGCCAAGUACUUGGAUGCUAUGGAUGCAGAGUAUUAAACGGGGUCCUCCGCACACGGAGCAGCGAGGACGGCUCUUUCGGAGUGGGAAGAUGGCUUUGCCGAGGCGUAGAACAAUCUAUCUGCAGAUCUUUCUUUCACCACUUUCUUUCUGCUCUACUAUGGCAUUGGCAAUGCGCACACAUCCAAGACCACUUGAGCGUUGAGGUGUCAAACCAAAACAGCCUUGGACUUGAGAGGCCGAAGCUCUUUGGAGCUGUGAGGCAAGCGAGCUUUAUGGAAAAUGCUACUUUCCACAUCCCAAAACUGGAAACCCCAAAGAUCAGCGUGUCCAAAGGGUUGGAGCAUGUGUUCUCAGAGUUGUCAUGUGUUCCCUUGUUUGAGGGGUGGGGGGAAUCUCUUUCUUUUUUAGUGCACCGCGUCCUUUUCUUUCAGAACACUAUAAGGACAGUAACUGACCCUUCUUUUACAGAGCGACAGUCCCUUUGAAUUCCAUUUCCUGUUCAUCCAGUGUUCCCAAAUUGGUAUUUUGGGUGGGAUGGCCUCAUGCUAAACCACUGUCAGGAGAGAUUUCUGGCCACCUCUUCAGAUGAGCAGGGUUGGAAACAGCUAUAAAUUGUACUGACACAAUCCACAGCUUUGGAUGAAUAUUUAAUUCCUACAAAUGAGCUGGAAAUGUUCAGAGGUUGGGCUUGCAUGGUGAUGUUGAUGAAACUGCAUCUGGGUCUAAGCAAUUUGGGAAUUCCUUUGGAUCUUUCUACUGUUACUUCUUGGUAAUCAAACACGAAAGUGUAUUUUUGCACAACUCCAAUAUUCUUGCUUGCACCCAGAGUCAGAUACUGAAACUUGUCAAAGGGCAGUUGUGUUAACGAUUGCAUAUACAUAUGUACAGUAGUGCCUAUGUGUACAUAUAUACAUAUGGAUUUCUGUAUAUAUUUUGCAUAGAUCUACAAAUAGGCCUGAUUCUUUCAAAAUACCCAAAGUGUUUUGUGCAGUCAGUGUUACCUGUGAUGUCUUUGACCAUACACUUGUUUGCCGCUUCGGUGCUGCUUUUUCUCAUUUGAGAUAUGGUCACUUCUUUUCCUUUUGAAGCUGCUCAGUUACUGGUUUUGUUCAUGUGUUUGCUGUCUUCCCAUGGCUUGUGACAUUCUUCAUUCUGUCUUGAUGCUCCAACAUGUGAAUUUUGCAUUUAAUUUGAAUGUACAGCAUGCAAUGAAACUUUUCCUCUUUCGCCUAAUCAAUAUUUGUUGGUCAUUUCAUUAUUUCUGUUUUGUAGCUAAUCUCAAGUUUCCCCCACUCACAGACAUUAUAUUAUAUUAUAUUUCUGGAUGAAUCUAACUUCUGCUGUCUUUUUAUAUUUCAGUUUAUUUAAUUUUGCUUGUACUAUGGCCAGUUUUCUUAUUUGGAGUACUGUGAAACAAGCUGCCCUUUCGUUCAGUGCUUGCCCUUUGCACACUACAGAUCACAGGUAAAGUGUUAAAAAAUGUGGCCCUCUGAAGAUAAUUAACUUUCAAAACAGUAGAAACGAGGGAAGAAAGGGAAUACAAAAUGCAACACAAAUGUAUUAUUAACACAGAAGUGUUUCUUACCAAUUGCUUACCCAGUAAGUGGUGCGGAGUUCUUAUCAGCAUGUGCCCUAUGAAUUGAGUGUCUUCUGCACAAUGAGGAAGACUUGACCCUUUAAUAAGGGAGGAAGGCAUUGGAUAAAAUUCUCCUAUGCUAACGCUAAGCCACACUCAAGCCACUGAAGAUUUGGUGUAUUUGCACUAAAUAUCAGAAGGUAUUUCAUCUUGAUGUAGCUGCCUACACCUUUAAAACAUGUGAAGAAACUAGAUUUUCUAAUGAAGCCCUUCAUCUUUGUAUUGAUACCCGAGAGCAGUGUGAGCAUCCCCAAAAACAUGGCCAAUAUCUCCCAGGGCAAUUGCAGGACGAAAAGCUCAGCUUAGCGAGCGAAACAGCGUUGCGUGACCUUCGUGUUGCACCAACCAGCUCCUGUAGGACUGCUGGGAAGUCUCAGGGUCAGGAUUGACCACCCCAGGACAUCAAAGCAGGUAAAUGCCACUCGUUGGGCUCUCAGUCAAUCUCAGAGCAGCAGGGGUAACUCACGCUGUGUCUUGAUAAGUGGCGUGGCAGCAGGUGUCAACAUGUGCAUGGUUUCUGAAUGCCUUUGUCAAUAUUUCCUAGCGUUUGAGUCAUUUCUGUGGUGAGAUCACCAAUAGCCGUUACUAAGGUCUACAUGUCUAAACGGGGCAGAGUCAACAGGAUUUCGGGGCAGUGUCAAAGCGGAGGUGGUAAAAGUAUGUCUGAUCUUCAGUGAACAGAAAAAGAGCAGGUGACAGCAAACAGUUCAGUACCUGCUGAAAGACAGGGAGUGCUAAGGCCUGGUGAUGCUUAAAUAACAAGCUUUUCCCAUAGAUGUCAAGAGAUUUAACCAAAGCUAGAGUGAAAAGCAUCAUCCUGUGGGUGAGUGAACUGAGAGGGGAGAUUUAGAUUAGAUAUAAGGAAAAAAUUCUUCUCCAUGAGGGUGGUGAGGCACAGGCUGCCCAGAGAGGACGUGGAUGCCCCAUCCCUGGAAGUGUUCAAACCAGGCUGGAUGUGGAUUUGAGCAACCUGGUCUGGUGGAGGAUGUCCCUGCCCAUGGCAGGGGGUUGGAGCUAGAUGAGCUUUAAGAUCCCUUCCAACCCAAACCAUCCUGUGACUAUUAAAUGCACGUGUCCUGGGGUUGCAUUUCUGGUGUCUCAGCUCUUGGCAGGACGAAGUGACCCUGUGGGCUGGUUUGAAUCUUGUUUUGGAUGCUAUGGCUGGAGAAAGGAGAGGAUGUACCCAAGGGAACGUGGCUCUUGUCCUUUUUGAGGAAGAGCAGAGGCCCUGGGUGCAAGUCCCUCCAGCACAGAGCGUGGUGGGGCGAACUGGCAUGCAGGUCUUGCCGGAGGAAAUAGUUUUGAGAUGUACCCUCCAUCCCCCCACUUAGAAGGACCAAAAAUGUCCUAAUUUGAAAGCAUCAUUUUCAAAUAGUAUCAAAUGUUGCUGACAUCAUUUGAAAUUCAGAUAACUAAGGGCUUAAAUAUCCAUUACAACUCCUGUUUAUAUAUUUUUAUUACUGUUGCUUUACUUCAGCCCUUAUGUUUUCUUUGUAGCGUCGAUAGGAUUCUGUUCUACAGGAUUUUCUUUCUCCAGAAAUCAGGGGCCAAAGAAUUAAGUGAUGGGAAAUCAGCACAACUCGGGAAAAGAAGUUGUGUUGUCUUACACUGGUUGAACAUUUGGACCCUUGUCUUAAUACGCGUGUAGAAGUGAGAUGUGAGACGUGAGGCCUCUUGGCUUACAAGGGGUUGUGACAACCCUGCAGAGGAUUAUUUUUCGUGCAAGUACCUUUUCUCUUCUUGUUUGCUUCUGGUUUUGCUGACUGAAGUGCAGGCGUUUCCAGGAAGUAGGCUAAUUAGGGAAGGAGAGUUUGUUCAGAGUUGAUUGAGCACUUUAAUACUUCUGUGAAGGUUUAAGACAAUUAGAAUGUAAAAGAAGUUUUAUUAUAAGCUCUUUAUAUACGCACAAUGCUAUGUAUAACUUUUGCCAAAGAAUCGCGUUUGCAAUAUGUUGAUAGAUGCUGAGAGUCCGUGAUGUUCACCUGGAACCACAAGGUAGUAAAAAGCUUCUGAAACAAUUGGGUUUUGGAAGUAAACUUCUGACAGCUGCCAAAACUAUCAGAAACCAGAGAUAGACUUGUAGUUUUUGAUCCUUGCAUUGAAUGUAGGAGCUAGAAGUUGGCUUGACAAUUAAAAUUGGAUUUAUACCUGAA